AUGCAGCCGGAGCAGCCGUACGGCGGAGGUCGCGAUCCAGUCUCGCGCGACGUGCCUGCUCAAUCUUCACCCUUUCGUACCAAGGAAGCAUACAAGAACCAACCAUUGCCGCAGUCCAAUUCGCGCCAUGCUCAAGCCACAUCUAUGAACGCAGCCACCUCUUUGGAAACAAACACGAACACUGCGUCCAAGCGGGAUAGUAUUCUCACAGAUGGUGCGUUGGGUAUGCCAACACCAUCUACAAACGGGGCCUCUGCAUUGAGCCGUACAGCUACGCGAAGCUUGAACCCUGCUGAUACUCUGCAGCCAUGGGAAAAAGAGGUCAUUCAGCUUCCUGAAGUGCAGCGUAAAGCCACACUCGCUCAGAUUUAUUUCUUGAAUCAUUAUUUCGACUCGUUGCGAUACCUGGCAGACCGACGUGAACGCUUGAGCAAUUUCGAGAAGUCGAUGCGUGAACGGGGUUACCAGCCUCCUUCAGAUGAUCUUACCCAGAGCCUGGAGUCGCUCUCACUCGCAGGUUCGAAACGGGCAGGUCAGCAGAUGAGUGAGCGAGAGUACCAGAUUCGUCGAGCUAAGCACUUUGAGCAGGAGCGUGAGCUACUCCGUAAGCGCCGAACCAAGCUGCGUCUGCAGCAGUUUCAUAUCAUCACACAAGUGGGCCAGGGUGGCUAUGGUGAAGUCUUCUUGGCUCGCAAGCGUGACUCGGGUGAGCUUUGUGCAUUGAAGCGCUUGCAAAAGAAAGUGCUUGUGAAAAUGGAUGAAGUGCGCCAUGUACUUACGGAGCGUGAUAUUCUUACUGCGACGCGUUCUCCAUGGCUUGUUCGUCUACUGUAUGCGUUCCAGGAUGAAGCACACGUCUAUUUGGCAAUGGAAUACGUGCCAGGAGGUGAUUUCCGAACACUCCUCAACAACAGUGGUGUGCUACGGGAAGAACAUGCGCGCUUUUAUAUCUCGGAGAUGUUUGUUGCUGUCAAUGAACUGCACAAGCUUGGUUACAUUCAUCGUGAUUUGAAGCCUGAGGAUACACAUUCUUAUCCCGAGAACUUUUUGAUUGAUGCCACGGGUCAUAUCAAGUUGACCGAUUUUGGUCUGGCCGCAGGUGCGAUAAACCCCGGCCGUAUCGACUCACUGCGCCGUCGUUUGGAUCAGGUGAAAGAUACGGAUAUGGUCUACCGUACACCGGCCGAGCGUAGUACACUCUUCCAGAUGAUGCGAGAGCAGAAUGUCAAAUUUGCUGAUUCUGUUGUCGGCUCGCCGGAUUAUAUGGCUCCCGAAGUGCUUCGUGGCCGUGAAUAUGGAACAAGUGUGGAUUACUGGAGUCUUGGGUGCAUUCUCUACGAAUUUUUGUGUGGCUUCCCGCCUUUCAGUGGUGCUCAUCCUGAUGAAACGUGGGCAAAUUUGAAGAAUUGGCAAAAGGCCUUGCAGCGCCCUGUAUAUGACAAGCCUGAGGAUCUUCAAUUCAACCUGACUGAUAUUGCGUGGGAUAUAAUUGUUCGGUUGAUCAACACGCCAGAAAGGAGAUACAACUCCUUGUCCGAAGUGCAGGCGCACCCCUUCUUCCGUACUGUUGAUCUGACACGUAUGCGAGACGUGCCGGCACCCUUUAUCCCUCAGCUGGAGAAUGAACAAGACACCGGCUACUUUGACAACUUUGACGACCCCGCUGAUAUGGCUAAAUAUAAAGAAGUGCAAGAGAAACAACGCCACAUUGAAGCUAUGGACCCGAAAAACAGUGCUGCGGGUGGUGGCCGAGGCAUGUGGGUCGGCUUCACCUUUGGCAAGAACUGGGCCAAGAGCAAACGGCCCCCGAUGCCCGAUUUGGACCGGGAGGCAUCCACUUUCAGCACGAUGUUUUAG